AUUGCGGCGGCGGCGGCGGCGGCGGCAGCAGCGGCUACACCAGCACCUUGCAGUCUUGGUAGGGAGACGGCGGCCGGGUAGUGCUUGCAGUCCCGUAGGUUUUCCCACUCGGAUCUGCGCACUCAUCCUCCUUAGAUACGCCCUCGCCUUGUCCUCCUUUGCUGGGGCGCCCACGGCUGGUCUGAUACCUGACAACUCGGCAUGAGAUGAAGCUGUGACAGGUUUGAAAACACAAUGGCAGGAAACAGCCUUGUUCUACCCAUCGUUCUUUGGGGUCGCAAAGCACCAACACAUUGCAUCUCAGCAGUACUUUUAACAGAUGACGGAACCACAAUUGUAACGGGAUGCCACGAUGGACAAAUAUGUCUCUGGGAUCUUUCAGUGGAACUGGAAAUUAAUCCUCGUGCCCUGUUAUUUGGUCAUACAGCUUCAAUCACUUGUUUAUCUAAAGCUUGUGCUUCUAGUGACAAACAGUAUAUUGUGAGUGCAUCUGAAAGUGGAGAGAUGUGCCUCUGGGAUGUGAAUGAUGGCAGAUGUAUUGAAUUUACAAAAUUAGCCUGCACACAUACUGGCAUACAGUUCUACCAGUUCUCUGUUGGAAAUCAGAGAGAAGGAAGGCUUUUAUGCCAUGGACAUUACCCUGAAAUCCUCGUUGUGGAUGCCACUAGCCUUGAGGUGUUAUACUCCUUAGUAUCAAAGAUAUCACCAGACUGGAUUAGCUCCAUGAGUAUUAUUCGAUCCCACCGAACACAAGAGGACACUGUGGUAGCACUCUCUGUGACAGGCAUCCUAAAGGUGUGGAUAGUUACCUCUGAACUAAGUGGCAUGCAGGAUACUGAGCCAAUAUUUGAGGAGGAAUCCAAACCAAUUUAUUGUCAGAAUUGCCAAAGCAUCUCUUUUUGUGCAUUCACACAAAGGUCACUUUUGGUUGUGUGUUCCAAAUAUUGGAGGGUAUUUGAUGCUGGAGACUAUUCCCUGCUGUGUUCAGGUCCUAGUGAAAAUGGACAGACGUGGACUGGAGGGGACUUUGUAUCAGCAGAUAAAGUAAUCAUUUGGACUGAAAAUGGACAAAGUUAUAUCUAUAAGCUACCUGCCAGUUGCCUUCCAGCUAGUGAUUCAUUCCGCAGUGAUGUGGGAAAAGCAGUUGAAAAUUUAAUUCCUCCAGUACAACAUAGCCUCUUGGAUCGAAAAGAUAAAGAGUUGCUAAUUUGUCCUCCUGUUACUCGGUUCUUCUAUGGAUGCAGGGAGUAUUUCCAUAAACUAUUAAUUCAGGGUGAUUCUUCUGGAAGAUUGAAUAUUUGGAGUAUAUCAGACACACCUGAUAAACAGGAAGGUGAUGAAGGGCUCAAAAUGACAACUUCUAUUAGUUUGCAAGAGGCAUUUGAUAAACUGAAUCCUUUUCCUGCUGGAAUUAUAGAUCAACUGAGUGUGAUUCCUAAUAGUAAUGAACCUCUCAAAGUAACUGCAAGUGUGUACAUACCAGCACACGGAAGACUUGUUUGUGGCCGUGAAGAUGGAAGCAUAGUUAUUGUACCUGCCACACAGACGGCCAUAGUACAGCUGCUGCAAGGGGAACACAUGCUUAGAAGAGGUUGGCCACCUCACAGAACACUCCGUGGUCAUCGGAACAAAGUCACAUGUUUGCUAUAUCCUCAUCAGGUCUCAGCUCGGUAUGAUCAGAGAUAUCUGAUAUCUGGAGGUGUGGAUUUUUCAGUCAUAAUUUGGGACAUAUUUUCUGGAGAAAUGAAGCAUAUCUUCUGUGUUCAUGGUGGCGAGAUUACUCAACUUCUAGUUCCACCUGAAAACUGUAGUGCAAGAGUGCAGCACUGCAUCUGCUCUGUAGCCAGUGACCAUUCAGUAGGACUUCUAAGUUUGCGGGAGAAAAAAUGCAUCAUGUUGGCGUCUCGUCACCUUUUCCCUAUUCAGGUGAUCAAAUGGAGGCCUUCUGAUGAUUACUUGGUCGUAGGGUGUUCAGACGGCUCCGUGUAUGUCUGGCAGAUGGAUACUGGUGCGUUGGAUCGCUGCGUGAUGGGGAUCACGGCAGUAGAGAUACUGAAUGCUUGUGAUGAAGCUGUUCCUGCUGCGGUUGAUUCACUUAGUCAUCCGGCAGUCAACCUGAAACAAGCCAUGACAAGGCGCAGUCUUGCUGCCCUUAAAAAUAUGGCCCAUCAUAAGCUACAAACCCUUGCAACUAACCUGUUGGCGUCUGAGGCAUCUGACAAGGGGAAUUUACCUAAAUAUUCUCAUAACUCCCUGAUGGUUCAAGCAAUAAAGACAAACCUAACAGACCCAGACAUACAUGUGCUUUUCUUUGAUGUGGAAGCGUUGAUUAUUCAACUCCUGACUGAAGAAGCCUCUAGGCCAAAUACUGCACUUAUUUCCCCAGAGAAUUUGCAAAAAGCAUCUGGCAGUUCAGACAAAGGGGGCUCUUUUCUAACUGGAAAACGAGCCGCAGUUCUCUUCCAACAAGUGAAAGAAACUAUCAAAGAGAACAUAAAGGAACACCUUCUUGAUGAUGAAGAGGAGGAUGAGGAGAUGAUGAGGCAGAGAAGGGAAGAAAGUGAUCCUGAAUAUCGGGCCAGCAAAUCUAAGCCACUGACCCUACUGGAAUAUAAUUUAACUAUGGACACUGCAAAGUUAUUCAUGUCCUGCCUUCAUGCCUGGGGUUUGAAUGAAGUCCUGGAUGAAGUUUGCCUCGAUCGCCUUGGAAUGCUGAAACCCCACUGCACCGUGUCGUUUGGUCUGUUGUCGAGAGGAGGCCAUAUGUCGCUGAUGCUUCCUGGUUAUAAUCAGCCUGCUUGUAAACUGUCACACGAGAGAACAGAAGUGGGAAUGAAGCUGCCAGCGACUGAAGGAAUAGGAAAGGGAACUUACGGAGUGUCCCGGGCUGUCACCACACAGCAUCUCCUGUCUAUCAUUUCUUUGGCAAAUACCUUAAUGAGUAUGACCAAUGCAACUUUUAUUGGUGAUCAUAUGAAGAAGGGCCCUACCAGGCCUCCUAGACCAAGCACCCCAGACCUUUCUAAGGCAAGGGGUUCCCCUCCAACUGCCAGUAAUAUUGUGCAAGGACAGAUUAAACAAGAAACUGCUGUACCUCAAUUCUCUCCUCCUCCUCUCUUCUCUUUUCCUCUGCAAGUUGCCGCACCUGUCGUUUCCGCGCGGUCUGCUGCUGAUCACUCUGGCUCUGACCCUGCUUCUGCUCCUGCUUUACAUACCUGUUUCUUAGUAAAUGAAGGAUGGAGUCAGUUAGCUGCUAUGCACUGUGUUAUGCUGCCAGACCUGCUGGGAUUGGAUAAAUUUAGGCCUCCACUUCUGGAGAUGCUGGCCCGAAGAUGGCAAGAUCGUUGCUUGGAGGUAAGAGAAGCUGCACAGGCUCUGCUUCUAGCAGAAUUGAGAAGAAUUGAGCAGGCAGGACGGAAGGAAACCAUCGAUGCCUGGGCUCCUUAUUUACCUCAAUACAUGGACCAUGUCAUAUCACCUGGAGUCACGGCAGAAGCCAUGCAGACUAUCUCCACGGCUCCGGAAGCCUCAGGGCCUGAAGCCAAAGUCCAGGAGGAAGAGCAUGACCUUGUUGACGAUGACAUCACCACUGGUUGCUUAUCAAGUGUCCCACAAAUGAAAAAAAUUUCCACAUCUUAUGAGGAGAGACGGAAGCAAGCUACUGCUAUUGUUUUACUUGGAGUAAUAGGAGCUGAAUUUGGUGCUGAAAUUGAACCUCCUAAAUUAUUGACCAGACCUCGAAGCUCUAGUCAAAUUCCUGAGGGAUUUGGUUUGACUAGUGGUGGAUCCAACUACUCAUUGGCCAGACAUACUUGCAAGGCCCUGACAUUUCUUCUGCUACAGCCGCCAAGCCCCAAACUUCCUCCACACAGUACAAUCCGAAGAACAGCCAUUGAUUUGAUUGGACGAGGGUUCACAGUUUGGGAGCCUUACAUGGAUGUGUCUGCCGUCCUGAUGGGGCUUCUCGAACUUUGUGCUGAUGCUGAGAAACAACUUGCCAACAUCACAAUGGGGCUGCCUCUGAGCCCGGCAGCCGACUCCGCCCGCUCGGCGAGGCAUGCCCUCUCGCUCAUUGCCACUGCCAGACCACCCGCCUUCAUCACCACCAUAGCCAAAGAGGUACACAGACAUACGGCUCUUGCAGCAAACACCCAGUCACAGCAGAAUAUGCACACUACAGCUCUUGCACGAGCUAAAGGGGAAAUUCUGAGAGUCAUUGAAAUUCUUAUUGAAAAAAUGCCCACAGAUGUCGUGGAUCUUCUUGUGGAGGUUAUGGACAUCAUUAUGUACUGCCUUGAAGGAUCUUUAGUUAAAAAGAAAGGUCUUCAAGAAUGUUUCCCGGCCAUCUGCAGGUUCUACAUGGUCAGCUAUUAUGAGCGGAAUCACAGAAUAGCAGUUGGAGCUCGCCAUGGUUCAGUGGCCCUGUACGACAUCCGGACUGGAAAAUGUCAGACAAUCCACGGACACAAGGGACCGAUCACUGCAGUGGCCUUUGCUCCCGAUGGACGAUAUCUUGCCACCUACUCGAACACCGACAGCCACAUUUCUUUCUGGCAGAUGAACACGUCCCUGUUGGGCAGCAUCGGCAUGUUGAACUCGGCGCCCCAACUGCGCUGCAUCAAAACCUACCAGGUGCCGCCCGUGCAGCCCGCUUCCCCCGGCUCCCACAACAGCCUCAAGCUGGCGCGGCUCAUCUGGACUUCCAACCGCAACGUCAUCCUCAUGGCCCACGACGGGAAGGAGCACCGCUUCAUGGUCUAAAGGCUGCUCUCUGCCACCGCGCCGCGUUUGAGUUCUCUAACCUCUCUAAGCCGAUGCCGCUCUGCCCGCACUCACACCGGAUCCUUCCUCGGUGCCUGCCCACCCCAGAGUCCUCCAGGGGCGCGCUGGGUCUGUGUCACCUGUGCAUGCGUCUCAGGGGCAGACUCCGGCUCGUGCCACCUAUCGAUUCAGAGGCAUGCACACACCACUCCACAGGAUGUGGCCAUCCUGUCACUAGGGAGUUUUUCCCUGCCAGAGAUGGGAGGGGAAAGCCGGCGGUUCCUGGGAACGCUCUCGUUGCUUGGUGCAACAGAAGCCCGGAAAUCAAUACACACUGUGAUUGCACUCCAGCCCAGGUCAGCGUUUUCAGCCAUCUAAACCCCAUCUCUGAAGUGCUGCUUGAUUCUGGUCGUUCUGACCCUGGGCGUUGAGGUCAUGUGGCAGUCCUCAUUGCUGAAAUUAUUUCCCUUUGCAUUUCCUAAAGCAUACUAUUGUUUACCAAAAAGAUUCUGUGUUUACAUGGUUUUUUUUCUUCUGGUGAUUGCUAGGAAAUUACUCAAUCCAAUUUCCUAGGGUUUAGCCAUCACCUUUCUUUAUCAACACUUGAUUUGAGAUUAAUGAAAAAGCAUAUUUAAAAUAUUUCCUUGUAGAAAAUACAGUUUUCCAGUCACCUAGCCCUCUCAAGUGCUCAUGUCCUACUUAGAUGAUAGUGUAUUUAGUAGUUUAAAAUAAAAACAUCACUCCUUACGAUCUAGUUGAUAGAAUUAUCCAGUCACCAUAGUGAAUCUCUUAAAGGGACUUUUGUGAUAAAGAACCGCAUUUGGAAGCAUAGCAUAUACCUAAAAUGAAGACUUGCCUAUCUAUUGCUGUAGAUCUUUUUGUUUAAGAAAGAGCUUCCCCCUUUCCUCCAGAAACUAUAAGCCUGCAGUUCCCAUAUGUGUGACAUAUGUCCAUUAUCAUGUAAUAAUUAUAAUUCAGCCUUCAAACGACUACUGAUCAAUUAAAGAAAAGCUAAGAAGGUAUUUCUUCGAAACAAGUGUCCUAGAAAAUUAAUAACUAUGGCACAAAUGUCCAGGAGUGUAUAUAAGAAUGUGAGAGCUCUAAUUUGAGCAAAUAUUGCAAUGUGUUCAUUAUGCUUUGAAGUAAGCUUUAACUAGAUUACCUUCUUCUCCUUAUGUCAGAUUAUGCUGGUUCUUGCUCAUAAUAAUGGAAAAAAUCCAUAAAGUAAUAUUUUAUAUGAAUUGCUCCUAAAAACCUUGAUCUGUAUAUAGUUGGGGGGGUUGGUUGGUUGGCUGAUUGCUGAUUGGUUGGUUAGUUGGGCAAAAUUGUUUAUCAGAUGCAAAAAUAGAAAAUGAUUUGUUACAUUCAGAGAAAAUAUGAAAGUUGACAGAGGAACCAAAAUUAUAAUGGGAAUAUUUAAUCUAAAAAGCAUAGAUUGUCGGCAUAUGUAAUAAACGAAAAGGCAGGAUGGAGGUCCAGGAAAAAAUACAUCUGUUGUUUUACUGAAACAGAUUUUUAAAGAUCAUAUUAAGACAGUAAGACCACUAGAACAUCUCUUUCAUCUUGAUAUGAAGCAUAUUACUUCUAUUGAUGGCAAAUCUGUACUAUUCCUUGGUUUUAGAUGUGGGGUGUUGUUUCAAAAGUGAAUUUAUGCACAUGCAUGUACAUUGUAUUAUAAAGAUUAUAUAUGUAGUUUCCAAGGAAGAAACAACUAUACAGCGUAGACUUUGUCUGGUGAACAUGCUGUUGUGUUCAGUAUAGGUAGAGAAGUGUGAGAACUGCAAGGUGCACUUUGUUUUUCUAGUGGGCUUCCAAGUCUUCUCCGUACCCAGCACAUGUUUAACUGUAUGAACUUAAAUGGAAAUUAAUUUAUUCUGGACUACAAAACUAUUUGGAAUGAUGAGGUAAACAUAUACUUUAGCGUCUUUUUUUUCUAUUUUUUUAACAAAGCGUUCUGUGCUUCAGGAAGAAGGCGUAGGAACAGUAGGCAGGCCCCACAAAUGCACGGAUGGCUCCCACCUGCCAUGGAGAUUAAAAACAAAACCAUGAGGGCCAGAGGAGCAAAGUCCCUGGGUGGCAGGCCUGGGGACCGCCUUUCAUGCAUCCUGCGUGAACAGAAAGCCAAGCCAAUUGGCCAGGAGAACACCAUGGUCGCAAAAUUCUGUAUGGGUGAUGUCUGGUGGUUAGACAGACAUCUCUAACGACUAAACUAAUAUUUGCAUUCUUGUUAACGUAAAUCUCUCCUUGGCUAUUUUGACAACCACAGUCCCAAAUUUCAUCCCAGCUCAGAUUUCUCAGCACUGAGGUAAACUUCGUAUUGUCAUCCUAGUGUGCACUUUUUUGUGUUUUAUUGAUUCCAUUGGCAUUGUGUUUGGACCUGUCCUUGUGUGUAUAGAGACAUGUGUGGCUCGAUUGGUAAUUUACAAGCAAAAGAUGACAUGAUGUGACACCUAUAUGAAAAUGUAAUGAUUGAACUCAUCGUGCAAAGAGUGGACUAAAGUGUCUGCCUCUCCAGAAAAUUCUCGAUGGCUCCACUAAUAGAUGUAUACAUGCUGAAUGUCCUUGUGUACAUAUGUGUGUUAAAUAAAACUGAAUUGUACUGGAAA